AUGCCACCAUUUUCAUCAUCGUCAUUAUCAUUAGACGAAAGCGACGACGAAGAAGCAAUAUACGAGCCACUUUUACCCAGAACUCAUAAUAAUAAACGCAAAUUCUGCGUAAAAUGUUUAGGAUUUUUAUAUUGCCUUGGUGUGACGAUCUUUUUGUUGAUAGCAAUCAUCUCAAUAAUAGAUUUGUUUCAACCAUCUGAACCAAUUUUAAUCAAUGAUAUUUCAAUCAUUCCCAAUCAAUAUCAUUUAAAACAAAUAGGAAAGCUUUUAACUGAUGCAUGUAGCAUAUUUAAGAAAUGUGAAAAUAAUGGAGAUUUGGAAUUUUAUAAGAUUUCUUUGGUGACCGGAAAUAUGAAAAGAGGGUUGGAAUUCUUUUCUCCUGAUAAAUCAAUUGCAUUUGCGAAAACAAUGAGAACAAACUCAAAAUUCUCUUCAACUCCUGAAAGAAAUGUUACCAUUAAUGAGAAUACACCAUUUCCAAACAUAUUGGUUGCCAUUUAUACCGUCUAUCAUGAUUUGGCAGUUACCACUAUUGGGGCUGAUUUUUUAACUAAAGAAGUUUUGGUUGAUGAUUGUCUCGUAACAAUGCAGAUAUGGGACACUGCAGGACAAGAACGAUUUCAAUCAUUAGGUGUUGCAUUUUAUAGGGGAGCUGAUUGUUGUGUUCUUGUUUACGAUGUCAAUAAUGGCAAGAGUUUUGAAACUUUAGAUAGUUGGAGAGAUGAAUUUUUAAUCCAGGCUUCUCCUCGUGAUCCUGAGAAUUUUCCUUUUGUUGUUUUGGGCAAUAAGAUUGACGUCGAAGAAUCAAGAAGAAUGGUAUCUCCAAAACGCGCCAUGACUUGGUGCCAGUCAAAAGGAAACAUUCCUUAUUUUGAAACAAGUGCCAAAGAAUCAAUCAAUGUAGAGAAUGCAUUCAUGACAAUUGCUAAAAAUGCUUUGCAACAAGAAAAUGAUGCAGAAAUAUACAAUGAUUACACGGAUGCGAUCAAAAUUGAUAGCGAAGCUCUCAAUGAUGGGUGUGGAUGUUAA